AUGCAGCUGAGGCUGGUCCAGUCGGAACACGCCGCGCGAACCGUGCAGGAUAUGCCGAGCAUGAUGAUUUCGAAGGUCUUCCUGUGCGACAAUGGCGAGAAGAAUGGCCAGGAAUUAUUGCGUGCUGCCCGGUCGGGACGUCUCUACAAGCGACCGCCCCCUGCUGAGGAGGAGGAGCCCGAAGGCGAUGGGCCAUCUACGGAAAAGCUGGACAAAAAGGAAGACGAUGAUGCGAGUACCAAGGGGUUCACAGUUAGGACUUGGAAGCCGAUCGCCCGCAAUGCCGAGGGCCCCGACCCUAUUAAGCAAGAGAGAGAUGGCGAAGGAAACCGGGAUAGCAAGACCGACUCGGCAGCACCCUCGGAGGAUGAGGAUGAUGGCGAUGACGGAGAUGAGGGUGAUGAGGGAGAGGAAGGCGAAGGCAACGAGGAUGGCAAGGAUUCGACUGAUCAACAGGACCAGGAUCAAGAUAUGACAGAUAUCCCCGCAGAGACGGCAGGGUUGGUGCCCCCUGCCCCAGCGGAUACAGCACAGAUUGAUACAGUCAUGACUGAGGAUGUGCCGCCCAUCGCUGAACCGGCUGGGGCUACCCCGCCUGUGAAGGAAGAGGUUAGCGAGCCAACGCCUAAGUCCGUCGCCGAGGAUGCCGCGCCCUCUCUAACCAAUGAUCAGCAACCGAACGAGAAUGCAGACACCGUGAUGGGCGAUGCGGACGUGUCUACGAAUGUCCCCGAGCCUCCUGUGGAUACUACUGCCAUAGUGGAAGAGACGGAAGAAUCGGCUGCGACGAAGGAACCCUCACCUACUGCCCAGCUUCAAACAACGCCGCCGCCCCCUGCCGUUGAAUCCAACGCUGUGAGCGAGGAUGCGUCCGACCGCGCGCCAGCGGACCCCGAACCCGCCGCCAAUGCUGAAGCUGCCGAAGCGCCUUCCGUAGAAGAGGCGUCUACUGAGCAAAGGAAGGCAACCCCAGAAGCCAAGGAACCGACACCCGAACCUCAGCCUGCUGUCGACGCCGAUGAUGGACCCGACUUGCUCGAUAGCCUAGUGGAGAAUUUGGACAAGCGCGCUGAAGCGAUUAGAACGCAGUCUAGUGAACUUCCGCCCGUCCAGGAACCGCCUGAAGAGCCACCCGCCGAGACUACCCUCCCGAAAGAGCCGACCCCACCUGCGGCAGAAGAGGCACAGGUGGACGACCCCGUCGUUGCCAAGAAGCCGGAGGAAGAAGUGGUGGAUGCUCAACCAGAAGAGAAGCCUGCCCAGGAGGACGCAUCCAAGGAAGAGGAGGAGAACAAGCCCGCCGUUGUUGACGCCCAGGCGGUAGCGGACGACGCCAAGGUGGAGGAACCUAAGCUAGAGUCAGAGGAGCCAAAGAAGGAGGAAGUCGAUGAUGCGUCCGCGCCUCUCUCCUAG